AUGGACCCAUCCAGCGAUGAUGCGGCGGCUGCUCGAGCCACGACUCCCUUCACGGAGGUACCGGCUUCUCCUGACAAGCCAACAACACACGGCGAAUCCCCGACCAAACCACACGCCGCGGAUGGAGUACGACCUCAAGAACUCAUGGACCGCGCCCUCGAUUUCCUAGCCACUGCCAGCAAUGAAGCUCUCCUUGUUGUUUUCGCCCUUCUGGCUUUCGUGACUUACAUUGUGUUGGGUAGAGUGGGCCUGGUGCUCAUCGGAAUCGGAUUGGGUGUCAUCUUGCACGCCUCCUGGGAAGGAUCAAUACAGACAAGAUCGGGCGAAGAAUCAUCCACGCCCAAGAAGCGCAGGGAAUUGGCGCUAGAAGUAUCCAAGAGACUCUUGGAUUGGCCUACACGCGCCGCGUCAGAUCAGAUUACCACCCACAAUGACAGCGGGACUAUCGCGGCACCCGAAGAUCUAUCGAUCGCGGAUCUAGAAUUCACAACUUUUCGACCUGCGACCGCCGCUGCUCUGCGAUCGUUCACGGAUGCGGUGGUCAAGGACUAUGUCAAGUAUUGGUAUGAACCAAUUCUUCCGAACGAAACUGUGUUUCCGGGAUCGUGCCGGAGAACCUUGACAUACUUUGUCACGACCAUCUCGUCCCAUCUUUCGCGCAAACGAACGGAGGAUACAUUCCUACAGUUCCUGACGAACUCUUCGUCUAUAAUCAUUGUGUUCUUGAACGAACUGGCGGCUGCAUUCGCCGCUGACCCUGCCUCCAUGGAGGCUUCGCAGGUUGUCGACCAAUACCUCAAGAAUUCCCCGGACAGUAGUCUGGCAAAUGUCUUAUCCGAGGAGCAACAACGUAAAAAGCUCAAUAUGGUUGCAGACGACAUUCUUUCGAAUUUCUUGGAUUCAAAAUCGUAUAGUUGCUCCCCCGUUAGGGAUUUCCUCCGAGAAGUCUUUGCCAGACUCGUGCUGGAGUCGACGGUCACCAGCCUUUCUCGGCCCGAGUUUAUCAACGACUGGCUCAUUUACCUCCUCCAGGAUGGCGAGUCUGAAAUCAUGCAUGCAAUCGAUGCCGGCGUCGAGGGUGCGCGCAACCAGAGUGUUGGUGUUUCAAAAGUGCCUGAAGACUCGAAGAACGCACUGUUAUAUUCAACUAAAGAAGAGGUCGCUUCGCAGACUGCUGGGCUACCGUCAAGCAACAAAGACAAAGCAACAGAAGAAGCGCUUCAAGAGGCAAAACGCCUGAGCGCUCUGAUUGCGUCCCAAGACGUACAGAAGUUGUCCCACGAACCGGCCACUGAGCCUGUGCAACACCAAGAAUCAUCUAUAUCUACAGAGAAGACUAAUGGCUCAAUGAAUGGAUUUACAAGCGACCCUGCCGAGCCUACAACAGCUAUAGAACCUCCAGCAUCGCUCCCCGUGUCCCCAGCGGCACAGACAACCGGCCUGGCUCCAUCAUCGCCUCGAGAGGAGGCUGCAGCACCUGUCACGCUCCACGGUGCUAGUGUCUUGGUAGAUGACGAUGCUGCCCGCAGUGAGAAAGGAUUAAUCAAAUCACGGCCCACGUGGGAUUAUCUGCUUCAGAUCGAGCCCGCAUCAACCCGCGCGACGGGCUGGAUGGUAUUUCGCAAAUACGCAGACUUUCAAUCUCUCCAUGAGAUGCUCUCAACUGUUUCUCGACUAAACCAAAUUCGGAGUUUCUCUGACCAGUUUCCCACCCUGCCAGCCUGGAAAGGCAAGACAAGACAAGCUCUUGCUCAAGAUCUGGAACGGUAUCUGCGCGAAGCGAUGAAGCAUGAGUCGCUCGCCGAAACUGAGCGAAUGCGGCGAUUCGUUGAAAAGGAAGGGGUUCCUACCGAUACGGGCACUCCCAAACAAGGGUUUUCCUUCCCGAGCCAGACUUCCUUUGAGAAUAUGGGUAAAGACCUACUCGGAGCACUGACCAAUGCCCCUAAGGGCAUGGCUGGAGGCGGUAGAGCUGUUUUCGACGGCGUCACGGGGGUCUUCGGUGGUGGUCAUAACCGGAAGCUGUCGAGUACGUCAGACCGGCAGUCUCAGCACCGGAAGAGCCCAUCGAAAACGGAUCGCGAUAGCUUGAGUAACUCGGGCUCAGCAAAUGCUACAAGCCGUGUCAACACUCCAGUCCUAGGCUCGAUAUUGGGCGACUCAUCGGCUUCUCCCAGGCCGAGUGUAGAGCAAGACUCUCCUGCACAGGACUCGUCGCCAAUAACGGCCCCGCUGGGUCUGGGAUUGUCGAAGGAAGAUGAUGCCCAGUCUCCACAAAGCAGCGAUAUGGGCAGCAGUGACAAUUUAGCAGCUAAUGAACAAGAUACGUGGGCCUCGGAGUCAAGAACCCUCCCGCCAUCGGAAGACCGAAAGUCAGUCGACAUUGUGGAAGAUCCAGAGACAAAGCGGGAUCCUGUCGCGACCUCGCCCGAGCCUCCAGUCGAGAGCGAGCCCGUGAGUGGCGCCCAGGUUGCUCCUUCUCAAGGCUCUCGACGACAACAGAUGCCCAUCACUGCAGACGAAACUCAGAUCGCGGUAGAGCUUAUAUUUGCCGUGAUCAAUGAGCUCUACACGCUGUCAUCUGCGUGGAAUAUUCGUCGAACUCUCUUGAACGCAGCCAAGACGUAUAUUCUGCGUCCUGGAAGCCCAACAUUGGAGACCAUCCGGGGCUUGCUACAAGAAUCUAUGAUCGAGGCCCAUACAUCGGACGACGCUCUCGGGGAGUAUUUGAAGAAGCUCCGGGAGAACGCCCUUCCCACGGAGAGUGAGCUGAAGGCCUGGCCUGCUCCACCCAGCGAGGAAGAAAAGGCACAAUUGCGGGAUACGGCGCGCCGGCUAUUCGUUCAGAGGGGUAUUCCCCAGGCACUCACGAGUGUUAUGGGUGCAGCAGCUAGUCGGGAAGCGCUUGAGAAGAUUUUCGAUAGCUUGCAAGUGGAAACUGUGGCUCGAGGUUUUGUCUUCUCUUUGAUGUUACAGGGGUUACGAGUGUUGACACUAUGA